UCUAUUGUUAUUCAUCUAUGAAUAAGAAAGUACUGUUUUGAUUACAGUAGCCUGCUGCUUUUUAGUACUAAAUGUAGGCCUAGUGUAUGAAAUUCUUGAAGGUUUUUACUAAAGCAGACAGAACUUUACUCCAUGAGAACUGCAUUAGAGGUUGAAGAGAGCAACGCAAAUAAAGCAUGUCAUUAUACGAUGCGUGCAGAAUUCAUCCAUAGCUUUUCUUUUAUUAAACUUCUCCUUGCUGGGACACUUGAACUUGAGACGAGGCCAGGCUUGUAUAAACGCAGCUGAUGUCUGAGGGUUGAGAGGCGCCCAACCCAUUUCUUUUGUGCUGAAGCGUCUGUGAUUUCAUUGAGCUUUUCCAGGGCUGCUACUAUAAUGGGCUCCCUCGCAUUGAAUCGGUCUUGCAUCCGCGAUAUGUUUUCCGUUGGUUAAACUAGAGCAAUCUUUUUAGUUGGUAGUAGUUUUGAUGCUUUGGGACAGGUUGAGGAAAUUUCUAGCCGAUCAUCCGGACGGGUCCCAAUGAAAAUGCAGGGGAGAAACAGGUACAACCUGGUGGAGGAUGUGGCGGAUUCGCGCGUCCCGCUUCACAACGAGGAAGCGUAUCAACACGGAAUACACUUCCAAGCCAAGUAUGUUGGAAGCCUGGAUGUCCCAAGACCCAACAGUCGUAUGGAGAUAGUCGCUGCUAUGAGAAGAAUAAGGUAUGAGUUCAAGGCAAAGAGCAUGAAGAAGAAGAAAGUGAGCAUAGUGGUCUCAGUAGACGGGGUCAAAGUGGUGCUGCGCAAGAAACCCAAGAGGAAAGAAUGGACGUGGGAUGAGAGCAAGAUGCUGGUUAUGCACGACCCCGUAUACAGGAUCUUCUAUGUAUCCCAUGAUUCUCAGGAUCUGAAGAUUUUCAGCUACAUUGCUCGUGAUGGAUCCAGCAGUUUGUUCAGAUGCAAUGUAUUCAAGUCCAAAAAAAAGCUGAGUCUGCAGCAUGCUGAGCAGAAUGCAGAUGAACAGCCAGACGGCCCUGCAGACGGCCAGAGCGAUCAGUCUGGAGAAGAGCCCAGCCCUGAAGCUCGUCAUCUGACAGGCACGGAGCACGGAAUGGAUGAUGUCACUGGAACGGAGUCACACUGCACAAAGCUCAGUGAGCAAGCUAUGGAUGAUAUCCUUCAGAGUCUGUCAGAGCUCAGCAUGGUGAAACCUGGACAAACCCUCCAGUCUUUACAAGGCCAGGAGGGUGUCUCUCCCUACACACUAUCUCCCAGCAGCCCUUGCUUUCCUACUCUCACACCUUUGGCCACCCAACACCACCUACAGUUACUCCAACAACAACUGCUACAGCAGCAGCAACAAACACAGACCGCUGUAGCACAGGUGCAGCUCCUGAAGGAUCAGCUGGCCGCAGAGACGGCUGCUCGCAUGGAGGCACAGGCCAGAACUCACCAGCUGCUGCUGCAGAACCGAGACUUACUGCAACAUACUGCCCUGCUGGUGAAACACCUCAGCCAACUGGAGAUCAGAGUCAGUGGAGCCACACAGAAAGAAGAAUCACCAUGGAGUAGCGUGCCCCCUCGUUUUCACUCUCUGAACCUGAAGAGCCUCUGCACCCCUUGCUCGGACCAGCCCAUCAUCUCCACUCCAGCAGGACCACCAGAAAAUCCUCCUGUUUCCUCCCACGCUGAGUCCUACCUCAAUCUGCUCAACCUAUGUGGUGCACCCACCGUUACAGCCAAUGGGAAGCCAGCGAGUGCAAGAAGUGAAGCAGGACUGGAUGUAGCAAGAAGGGAUGUUGCUAAGCUAAAAACACAGAAUUCAACAGCGCUUGAUGAGAGGUUUGAACCAACCAUCCCUAAACUGGAGCCUCCUCCUCAGCCCCUGAACCACAAGCGUUCAAACAGGACACUUUCUCAGGGUGUUGAGGCAGAGACAAGAUCUUCAGCUGUAGCCACACCUGUCAAUGGAAACAUACUCACAAAUGUGAAUGGUAGCUCCUCAUUUCCUGGCAUCACUCUAUGCUCCGUUUCACCUGGGGAUUUCUAUUCUCACAUCAACGGCAGCAGUGUGUCAUGUUCAAACAGUGAGGAUUCUGGCGUGCGCUCAGAUGACAAAUCCCUUGUAUUCCCCCAUUCCAGAGAUGACCCCUCUGAUGACCAGAGUUCUGCGUUCAUCUCCAGUUCUAGCACUUGCAGCAGCUUACCAGAGGAUCAUCCAACUGUGGAUGGUGCGACCCCACUGCGUUCUACCACACCGCUGGGAUAUGAGCAAACCAUCCCAUUCUCUUCACCUGUCAAUGACACCUGCCUUCAUAUAAGCCUAAGCGAAGAUGAGUUUCUGGAGGACGCCACCUAUAAUGUCUCCACCCCAUGCAGGAGUUAUGAUCCCAUGGAAAAUAUGUGAGAAAUCACAAUAAUAACAGCUCCACAGUGUUGAGAAACUUAAAAAAAAAACAAUCAUAAUG